AUGUCAGAACUCAGUGAUGAGGCCAGCGAACCGGAACUCCUGAACCGCAGCUUGUCCAUGUGGCACGGGCCAGGUGCACAGGUCAGCAGGGAGGAGUUAGAUGUUCCCUUGGACCUGCACACAGCAGCCUCCAUUGGCCAGUACGAGGUGGUGCAGGAGUGCGUCCAGCGGAGGGAGUUGGAUUUGAACAAGAAGAAUGGCGGUGGCUGGACCCCGCUGAUGUAUGCCUCCUACAUCGGCCACGACACCAUCGUGCACCUGCUGCUGGAGGCAGGCGUGAGUGUGAACGUGCCCACCCCAGAGGGACAGACCCCGUUGAUGCUGGCCUCCAGCUGUGGCAACGAGAGCAUCGCCUACUUCCUCCUCCAGCAAGGUGCUGAGCUGGAAAUGAAGGACAUCCAGGGCUGGACUGCCCUCUUCCACUGCACCAGUGCUGGCCACCAGCAAAUGGUCAAGUUCCUACUGGACAGCGGCGCCAAUGCUGACAUGCGGGAGCCAGUGUAUGGGUUCACACCGCUGAUGGAAGCUGCAGCUGCUGGCCAUGAGGUCAUUGUGCAGUCUUUUCUGAACCAUGGCGUCAAAGUGGACACGCGGGACCAUAGUGGUGCCACAGCCCGCAUGCUGGCCAAGCAGUAUGGACACAUGAAGAUUGUGGGGCUCAUUGAUGCCCACACACCGGCUCUGCCCGCCAGCCUCUACCGCAGUCCAGAAAGAGCUGAAGACCUGAGCUCGUCCGAUGAGUCCUGCUCUGCUCCUCGGAGGCAGCGGCUGGGCCGCAAGAAAGGCCUGAGCAUCCACGAGGGGCCGCGCGCCCUGGCCAGGAUCACCGCCCUCGGACCCCGGGCCAGGACUGCGCAACCCUGCCGCGAGCAGGUGCCUCCCCGGGGCUACGUCACAUUCACCAGCAGUGACGAGAACCCCCUGGAAGGGGGCAGCCUCUGCUACCGGGACGUCACCUCCCCUAUCAAUGAACGGGACGUGGAGAGCAGCAGCGGCAGCAGCAGAGAAGAGCAUGGUUUCUGUGCCCAUUGUGGGACAGCCCGGAGCAGCAGCAGUGAGAGGCUGGCCAGGGCCCAGGGCCUCAGCAGCGAGGCCUCCCUGGAGAGCAACGAGGAUUCAGACCAUGUCCGUCAAAGCUCGGUUCGCAAGCAAACAAAAAGCUACAUGAAAACCAAGAGCCGUAACAGCAACAGCGAGCACCAGUGGUCACCUGGCACUGGGACGUCUGGGACUGCCUGUCCCCCAGGAUCUGCCCCCCAGACCCAAAGGUUCCCUCAUUCAGGACCUCAGGACCUGGCCUCACUGCUGGAGCAGAUUGGGUGUCUGAAGUACCUGCAGGUGUUUGAGGAGCAGGACGUGGACCUGCGCAUCUUCCUGACCCUCACUGAGAGUGACCUGAAGGAGAUCGGCAUCACGCUGUUUGGGCCCAAGAGAAAGAUGACCUCUGCCAUUGCCCGCUGGCACAGCAGUGCCCGGCCCCCCGGAGAUGCCCUGGAGCUGGCCUAUGCCGACCGGCUGGAGGCUGAAAUGCAGGAGCUGGCCCUCCAGCUACACAAGCGCUGUGAGGAGGUAGAGGCCGUGCGGGGACAGGUAUCGCAGGAGCAGGAGCUGCGGGCUGUGGUGGAGGGCUGCCUCCUGGAGCAGGACCGGGCCAGCCAGGCUGCGCACACCCAGCUGCAGCAGACAGUGGCUCUGGCCGGGGAUGCCACCCUCAUCCUUGACCAGCUCAGGGCCUGCCAAGCGGAGCUGUCGGCUAGAGUGAGGCCAAACGUGUCCCCACAGGGGACGACGGCCCUGGGCCCAGUCAGAUCAGCUGCUGGUUGCCAGGGGUCCCUGCAGGCCAUGAGCCUCCCUGAGCUGUCAGGAGCCCUGGAGGAGCGCAUCCAGGAGAUGGGUGAGUCUCAGGGCAGUGAGCAUGCCGUGGGCAGGCUCCAGCUGCCCUACGCUGAGUGCCCUCGCCCCCUCCUCAGGGCAGGUGCUGUGCUCAGUAACCCACAGCCUCGAGCAGCUGCAGGUGCUGAGUGGAAAGCAGCGCUGGCGGGAGCCCUAGCUGGACACAGAUCUGACGGCGGGUGACUGUUCCACCCUGAAGCUGUGUGCCAGGAGGACGCUGGGGAAGGAGCAGUGGUGGCCCAGGGGGCCGAGGACCGGCCCAGGAGCAGAGACAAAGGCAGGCGGGGCUGGCGCUGAAGCAGACAGGGCACUCAGGCCCAGUUGGGUGCAGCCCUGGCCCAGGACGGGGCCGAGCGCCACAGGCACCAGACUCAGGUUCAACCUGUGGGCAUGGCGGGGCCCCUGGUCAGCACAUAUCAUUUGCUGGAAAAUAAAAUUUAAAUCAGCUGGU